AUGUCCGAAGAGACAGCUGAAAGGUCACGGCACAUAGCCGAAUUGAAGGAUCAGUGCGAUGAACUGCGUAAAAAAGCAGAUGAAGCUGAAGCGAAACGAGACAAAUAUGCAAACAAAUUAGCGGAAGCGACCAAACGAUUGACAGCGGUGAAUAAGGAUAUAUUCAAGCUCAGAGAUGACCUGAAACUUAAAGACGAGGAUAUUCAAACUCUCCAAAGGGAAUCGGAAGAUCAUCAGAAACGAGCUGAUGAUGCUCUCAAAGUGGCACAAGACCUGAGAGAGCUCCUAGCUACUGAAGGAGAACGACUUAAAGAUGAGAUCAGGCAGGUCACGGAGGAGAACGCGCAGCUCAAAGAAGCUGGUCAGAAAGCGGCCGAAUGGGGCCAAAGAUGGGAAGAUGAAGCACGACGAUUAGACACGAAGGAGACAAAAGUCGAAGUGGAAAGCAAAGAACAUCAGAAAAAGAUCCGUGAGCUGACAGACGAGAACAUAAAGCUCAACACGGAGCUGGUCGAUAUGACGCAAACGGUGAUGACUCACCAAGAUGAAGUCACCCGAUCGAGAACUCAACUGAAAUCGGCAGCUGAUGCGUAUGCUCAACUGGAACAGCAAAUGAAUCAGCUAAUUGACCAGAUUAGAGCGAGAGAAACGGAUGAAAAGGAGUUACAUGUGAAGACGACUCAGCGGCAGAAUUUCGCCCAUAUGCUCAAGCAGGAGCGAGAUCAGCUGCAAACGGAAAAUGAACAACUCAAACUUAGGAUUAAACGUCUGGAAGAUGAGAAUAAGGGCCUGAAAGUAACAAAUAAGCACCGGGAAGAGCUAAUUCUGCAAGCAGGAAGUGCGAAGAGAGAUGCUGCCGACACACCCCCGCCAGCUACAGUAAGGCACAAGAAGCAGGCGGGAGCUUCCAUUUCGAGAUGCCACAGCGAACGGGCGGUGGCACAGGGGGACUGA